CGGAAGAGAGAGAAAGGAAGAAUAGGAAUUCAAAAAAGGGAAAUAUGUAGAAAGAGAAAGAAAGAAAACGAGACAGAUCAUCAUUCAUUCAUUCAUUCACUCACAAUUUCCAAUUUCUACUCUUUUUCUUUUUUACUUUCUUUUUCAUCUCUACAUUUCUGUUCUUCUCUACCAUGUAUUCCCAGCAAUUACAAUAAUACUGAUACAUUAACACUUAUACUCCGAUUCCUCGAUUUCUGAGCAAUAAUAGCCCUUUGGUACUUGAGCUACUGCCCUUUUCUUUCAAUAUCAGAAAGUUAGAAUCCAAGAAAAACAACAACCCCGUUGUGUUUGAACUCACCACUGUUAUGUAAAAGAGGUGGCUUUUUCAAAAAUACUUUUUUAAAUUUUUUAGAUUUUUGUGUUGAUAAAGUGAGGAGGGAGCGUGGUGGUAGAGAGGGAGCAAGAAAAAAUGGAAGAAACCAAGAAGAAGGAGAGACAUGUGGUUACAUGGAGUGAGCAGGAGGAUGAUAUUCUCAGACACCAAAUUAGUGUCCAUGGAACUCAAAAUUGGGCCAUUAUUGCUUCCAAGUUCAAAGAUAAGACUACCAGACAGUGUAGAAGAAGAUGGUAUACAUAUUUGAACUCUGAUUUCAAGAAGGGGGGCUGGUCACCAGAGGAGGAUUUGUUGUUAUGUGAGGCUCAGAAAAUAUUUGGCAACAGAUGGACAGAAAUAGCAAAAGUUGUCUCUGGCAGAACGGAUAAUGCUGUGAAGAAUAGGUUCUCUACUCUGUGCAAGAAGAGGGCAAAAUACGAAGCUAUGGCUAAAGAGAAUAAAAAUUCGUAUCUCAACUCUAAUAACAAAAGAAUCAUAUUCCACAAUAAAUUAAAUGCAUCGCCUGCUAAAAAAACAAGAAAGACCGAUAUCGGUGAUGAACCAGAAUAUUGCAAAUUAGCAAAUAGAUCGCACCUACUAGGUGGAAAUCAGCAGCCUAGGCCGCCAUUUGCAGUAUUGGCUCAAAAUGUUCUCAAUGUUAAUCUUGCUGCUCAGCACAGUGCCAUUGAUGCCAAAGAGGUCUCCCUUGAUGCAGCUCAAAACAGUAAUAUCGAAGGAACAUUUCUCAAAAAAGAUGAUCCAAAGAUAUAUGCUCUCAUGCAACAAGCAGAGCUUCUCACUUCACUUGCACUGAAAGUUAAUACAGAAAAUACAGAUCAGAGUCUCGAAAAUGCUUGGAAGGUUCUUCAAGAUUUUCUGAAUCAGAGCAAGGAAAACGAUGUUCUUGGAUUUAAAAUAUCUGACAUUGAUUUUCAACUUGAAGACUUUAAAGACUUGAUAGAGGAUUUAAGGAGUAGUUGUGAUGGGAGUCGGCCGUCCUGGAGGCAACCUGAUCUAUAUGAGGACUCUCCAGCCAGCUCUGAAUACAGUACAGGAUCAACUACAAUGCCUUGUACAGCCAUUGACAAAACAAAACAAGCUCAGGCUGAAACUGGUGAAGCGCAUGAGGAUGUUGAGGAUGAAAUGCAAUCAGUAAACGUGGAAGAGAAAAAUGAUGUCGGUGAAUGUGCGAAAAAAAUUAUUUCUCGUGCAAGCAUAAGUCAAGGAGAGUUACUUCCAUCUUUGGAUGAGGAGAAAAACAAUGACAUAGUUGUUUCCGCGUCAUCAAGCAGAGAAUUCAGCUCACCUCUUCAAGUUACCCCACUUUUCAGAUCCUUAGCAGCAGGGAUUCCCAGCCCAAAAUUUUCAGAAAGUGAAAGGAACUUCCUACUAAAAACACUUGGAGGGGAAUCUCCUUGUCCCAAUCCAAGUACUAAUACUAGUCAACCACCACCUUGCAGAAGAGCCCUCCUCCGAAGUCUAUAAAAAAGUAAAAAACGAAUUCUCUGAAUCAUUUUCAUACCUCAUCCCGAGUCUCUAGGGACAUCACUCAUAUAUUAAGGUUUUAUUUAUUUCUUGUUAAAAGUUAGUUUUGUAGGACUCCAGAGUUUUUUUAGUCAAAACUCAUCGUCUAGAAUGCAAAGGGUGCAUUCUAGCAUCUCGGACACAUCUAAUAAAGUGAUCCGAGCUCACUUUUUUUUUUUCCCAACUAGACAUACUCACAUUUAGAGUGCUGCGUGUGUCAUUCUUUUGUUUGUCUUCAUUUGGUUUCGAUCCAGUUUUGGGCCUUUGAUUCAUCGUCAUCUGUACAGAACAAGUAGCGAGAGUGUAAAUCGGCAAGUCGCCUUUAUAGUUAGAAAAGCAUAAGGAAAAGAAAAGAAAAGAAACAAGGAAUAACCAGGUGAUUGGAUUCCUUUUCUGUUGGUUGAUUUGGUGUGCAUAGGGUAUAGAAUAAGUUUUAUCCCCUCUUCUGAUUUUCUAAUGUAAUACAAUUUCAUAUGAUUGGAAUGAAAAUGUGUCUUGGUUUUGGUGUGCA